AUGACAAAUCCAUCAAUUCCACAGGCUGCUAGGAACACAAUCUCUAUCCUUGGCAAAGUAGCUGCGCAUGUCCCUGACCUCAUUGUGUAUGGUGAUUUCUCACAGAACGUGCCCUCCAUUGAAACCUUUGAUGGAGUCCUCCUCUUCAUAGACAUUUCGGGUUUCACAGCACUAACAGAAAAAUAUAGCACGAACACCAACUUGGCGAAUGGUGCUGACCAGCUGACCCAAACACUCAAUCGCUAUGUGGGUGAGAUUGUGGAAGAGGUGAUGGUUUUUGGAGGCGAUAUACUGAACUUUGCAGGGGAUGCUAUGCUCGCACUCUGGAAAGCAAACCGCCAGCACAUCAAUGACAUCAUCUUUCUGGUCCUGAAAUGCAGUUUGAGAAUCCAGCAAGAGUACGGAGUCCGCGAUACAGAGGUGGGGCUGGAGCUGCGAGUGAAGAUAGGAAUAUCUGCAGGCCACGUCACAAAAGUUGUUGUUGGAAAUAACAGGCAACAGUAUUUCCUAGUAAUUGGCCGGGCAGUGGAUGAAGUGCGAUUGGCCCAGAACUUAGCAAAAGCUGGUGAAAUUAUCCUGUCACCAAAUGGCUGGGAGCUCUGCCACCGGAACCUCAUUGAGAUUCAAAAGAUCCCAAAUGAACGAGCUGUCAAGGUUAAAUACCUCAAGAUUUCCCCUCAGGAGUUUGAUGAAGAAAAGUUCUUUAACAGGUGUGUAGAACAUCUGGCUGACAAUCACAUCUGUGAUGGUUCAGAGAUCCUAAGGAGAGCCUCAGUACUGGCUCCAAAUGUAGAACUUGAGAAAAGCCUGAGAAAAUUCAUAACAAGGAAUAUCUUGAAGAAGAUUGAUGAUGACCAGCCGCUGGAGUAUUUAUCAGAGCUUCGUCCGGUUACCAUGGUCUUUGUAAAUUUGCAGUUUGAUGAAACUGCCGAUACUUUCCACUUGUCCAAGGCUGUCCAGGAUGCUAACCUUUACCUCACAGAAAUAUUUCGCCCCUUCAGAGGCAAGAUCAACAAGGUUUUCAUGUUUGACAAAGGCUGCACAUUCCUUUGCCUUUUUGGUCUCCCUGGAGACAAACAAGCGAAUGAGAGCGCGCAUGCUCUGGAUUGUGCCCAUAAGAUCCACAACUUUUGUUCCGCAUCACUCAUGAAAGUAAAGCUUGUUUCUGUUGGAGUCACCAGUGGGCCGGUGUUCUGUGGAGUGGUCGGUCAUCGCCUGAGGCAUGAAUAUACAGUCAUUGGCCGCAAAGUGAAUCUGGCUGCCCGGAUAAUGGUCUACUAUCCCGGCGUAGUGACCUGUGAUGCAGUCACCUACUCUGAAUCUAAGCUGCCACACUAUUUCUUUCAAGAGGUCCCAUCAACUCAGAUGAAAGGCAUUUUGGACCCUGGGACAAUCUAUAAAUUUCUUGGUAUCACUGAGAAAAUGGCAAUGUUCAAGGCAUAUCUAACCAAGGAAAGAUCUGAAUUGUAUCCUUUACUAGGUCGGAAGAAAGAAACUGAUAUCUUUGAGGACUUGGUGGAAAAUUUUAAACAUUCCCGCCAAAGCCAUAUCUUAAUGUACGAAGGCCACUUAGGAUAUGGGAAAAGCCAGUUAUUGUGUGAAAUUGCCUACUUAGGGCAAACAGCUGGCCAUAAGGUUGUGGCCAUAGAGCUAACGAAGAUAAAUUUGUCGCAGAACUUCUUCACCAUCCGUACACUCAUGGCUAUGUUCUUGGGGAUUGAUGUCUGCAAAUCCUAUGAUGCCAGGCAGCAUGUCCUACUGAACAGGAUCCGUGGAGUAAUACAUGAUUCCGAUUUCUGCCUCCUCAACAGCCUCUUUUAUGUUAAGUUCCCUGCUUCAGAAGUCAUUUCAAACAUGGAUGCUCAAAUGAGAAACGCACAGCUGGAAAAAAUUCUUGUGAAGAUUCUCAAGAAGGCAUCAGAGAAAGAAAUUAUCAUUUUUGUAAUUGAUGACGCUCAUUUCAUUGAUUCCACCUCCUGGGAUUUCCUGCAUAUGUUGCUGGACUGUGUUCCCAUCUUUCUUGUCAUAUCUUUGUCUCCCUUUGAACAAAGGAGACAACUGCUGUGCUCCACUGCUGCUCAACUCCUGGCCAACACAACUAACACUUACUGCAGAUUAAAGGAGUUAACUCCAGCUGUGGUUGUGCAGAAGGCGUGUCAGGACCUUGGGGUAGUCAGCAUUGCCAGGGAACUUGAGACGUUCUUAAUACAAAGAAGCCAUGGAAACCCAUUUUUCUGUGAGGAGCUGCUUCACAACCUUCACCUAAGCAAAGUCCUUCAGUACCACAUACUAGAAGAUUAUGAAGAAACCGAGGAUGGGUGGGACAACCUUUUCACUUCUGCUCUUCUGAAGUCUCAAGGUUCCAGAUCCGAUGAAGACGGUGAGUCCGACCAGUACAUUUGCACCAUCAAGCAGAAUGUGAAGCUGCACAACAUUAUGCUUCCCCCGACAUUAAAAGGGAUUGCUCUGGCCGAAUUAGACAACAUAAGCCCUUCAGAGCAGAUGGUGGUGAAAUGUGCAGCUAUCAUUGGAGUGACUUUUAGCACAGAGUUGCUCCUCCACAUCCUUCCUGAAUGGACCAAGGUGAAGAUGAACCAGACACUAGCAACCCUGGUGGAAUUGAAUAUCUUUGAGUGUUUUUCUGAAAGAAAAACGCAGGAAACUACCACAAAAUGGGAUAUAUUCUCACGGGAUCUUUACAACUUCUCCUUUAUUGCUUCUGCAUCUAAAACAGAUCUUUCAGAAAUCAUUGCCAGUCAGAUUAGGCGAGAGGAGGCAGUGAUGCAUUGCAAACACAUGAAUUUCUGCACACCUCUGUUGAAAGAAACAGCCUAUGAACUUUGGCUCAAUAGCCAGAAAAGAGCAUUGCACCUCAAGUGUGCCAGUUACUUGGAAUCUGAUGCUCACCAGUGCAAGUACUGUGGGGAAAGGAAUUUCAUUGCCUUCCACCGCAGUGCUGUGGAUGAACUACUGGGGAAAAUAGAUGAACGGGAGGUAAUAGAUGAGCCAGAGGACACUCUGAGUGAGGUUGCUUCACAACUUGUUUGUACCACGCUGUCAAUAAUAGGACCAGAUGACAAUGGCACCCUGAGUGCUGCUUUUACUUCAGAGGAACUAUCAGAGUCGAAGGUGCCAGAUACUAUCCCCAAGUCAAGUGAAGAACAGUCCUUUAACAUCAUUUCUAAACGUCCACUUUGGAUGCAAUCAAGUUCUGCAUCGAUGGUUACCUCACUGUUCAAGAAAACUGACUUUCCAAUGCAAACGAGUAGAAAAGGCACCGUGGCCACACUGGACUACACCCGGACACAGUUAAAUGUGCAAGAGAUGUUUAGAACGGAAGAUGCAGAAAGGGCAUUUCUGGUCAGGCUGGAUGAAAUCAUCCGGGUUCUUGAUUCAGGCAAGGACAAUGUCAACAACUUAGGCUCCUGUUAUUGUGAGGAGAUUGUGGAGUCUGUCAUCGUGCCCUUGUCUCAACACUGUAUGGCUCUGGAUAAUUACGUCCGAUCCUUUUAUUACUUGCUGGAAUGUGCUGCUGCCUAUGUAAAUCUUUCCAACAACUACAUGGCUUUUACAUACCUGAAUACAGCAGAGUCCCUGUUGAAAUCCUUGCACCCCAAGCAGAAAAUCAUCAGCCAGUUUGAGAUAUCUGUGUUGUACAGUCUCAAGGGUGAGGUCUCUUACAACAUGGGUCAGAUUCAUUUGGCAAAAAAAAUGGAGAGGAAAGCUUUGGCGCUGUUGAACAGGAGUUUCCCAUUGACCACCAUUGGAGCCUUUUUCAUGUCCAUGGUGGAAACUUCCAAACAUCUGGCACAUCUGAAGAAGCAGACUUCUUGGCAAUUGGCUAAUGGCAGAGACAAGAAAUUGGCUCAUCUUUUCCAGCAGGGCCGGUGCCUUUCUGUUCUCUGGCAAGCCUUUAGCUUAGAUCCUGCUGCAAACAGCAAGAAGUUCUCCCGCUUAGCUGCUCUCAUGACUGUGAACUGUGCAGAGGAGUCUCAGGAUGAGGCCCAAAUAAUCUCUUCCUACAUGGAGUUCUCGCUCUGCUGUCAGCUGAUUGGCUGGCAUCAGGAAUGGAUGAAAUACGAGGAAAUGGCCAUCAAGCGUAGUUCACACCUUCGAAUUGUUGGAGGAGAACUGUUUAUACUAGCCAAGGUGGCAGCAUCAUUGGCCUACAUGAAACUUUGCUUAGGGAACCUGGCUCUGGCCUGCCAGCUGGGCUUUCGAGCACAUGAAAUUUGUGAACUGACACAGAAAUCUAAACUCAACUGUAGUGUUCUCUUUGACCUUUUCAGUGCUCUUUUUCUCAGAGCCAGACUUGCUGAAUCUGCAGAAGUACUGAGUUGGUUGGAAAAGCUGUCGUUUCAAGAUGACAAUAUCAUUGGGAAGGCCUGCUUCAUUUCUGGAUGCAUGGAUCUCAUGCUUUAUGCGAGUGUUUCAUAUAAACCAUUUGCGUAUUGCCUGGACUUCAUUAUCUCCAAUUCAGCAAACUGCAUCCUUCUGUCGCAAAAUGCCAUUAUGCUGAGCUUGUAUUCUUCUAUAGCCAUUUGGUAUGCCAGGCUUAAUUUAUGGGAAGACUUCAAAGAGCCAUUUGAACAGGCGAGAAGGAUGGCCAGGAGAACAAGCACCUCGCUCUCGGCUAAUUACGGAUUCUGCAAGUUUGUGGAGUGUCAGACUCUGUUGUUCCAAACAUGUAUUGGAUGGAGGACUGACAGAGUCCGCGAGCUGCGCAACAAGAUAGCAAAGAAUUUGGAGCAGGCAUUGGAACAGUGCUCUACAAGCCCAGUCUACUACCCCAGGGUUUUCCACCUGAAGGCCUACGUCCAGCUGAUGCUAGGGAAUGAUGAGCAGAGCGGAAUGUUUCUUGAUAUGGCAACCCAGAGUUGUUAUGAAAACUAUCUGGAGAGAUCUUGGCUGAUAAUCAGCCAGAUGUGGUGGUUCACUGGAAAGACUGCCAUGGAAGAUGAGUGGGUAAAGACAGCUCCAGAUUUUCCAGUGUGGAAAGAAGGAAUGUCAAAUGAAGAGCUUAAAGUAUACGAGGGAUGCAGGUACCUAUUGAAGAUGCCAGAACUGGACAUUGACCAAUCAUUUAAAGACAUUAAUAGUCAGGACCUGUUGGUGUAGUUAUAAAGUAUGCUUCAGGACAAGGAUGUCCCCUAGGAACCUUUCAGAUCUUCAAGCAAUUGCCUUCCAACCUGCAAAUAAAGACAACA